UCAUGCACCAACAAGGGUCUUUCGUCUCCCCCUUGCUCAUUGGGGUCUUUUGUCAUUGUCAGUCCAACGAUGCUCACCAGGGCGCCGACCCAGGUGGCGGGUAUAAGGAGGACCCAUCCGCACCCGGUCCACGGGCACCGACAGAAACGGAAUGUUCAGUGUCGGAAGGGGGGAGCUGCAAUCCAUCGCAUCUCUGCGAGGUCUGCGGAGGACCUGAACAGGACCACAGACUCAAGGUGCUGUUUCAGGUCCUGGAUGUGAACGGAGAUGGCGGGAUCUGCGUCAACGACUUGACCAUUGGGCUCAAGAAACUGGGGGUUCAUCGGACAGAACACGAGUUAAUGAAAAUAGUACAAGCAGGCGACAAGGACCUGGACGGCCAGCUGGACUUUGAGGAGUUUGUUCACUACCUGAGGGAUCACGAGAAGAAACUGAGGCUCGUCUUCAAGAGUCUGGACAAGAAGAAUGACGGUCGUAUUGACUGCCAGGAGAUCAUGCAGUCCUUACGAGACCUGGGGGUCACCAUCUCUGAGCAGCAGGCAGAGAAGAUCCUCAGAAGCAUGGACAAGAACGGCACUAUGACCAUCGACUGGAACGAAUGGAGAGACUACCAUCUGAUGCACCCAGCUGAUAACAUUCCUGAGAUCAUAUUGUACUGGAAACACUCUACAAUUUUUGAUGUUGGGGAGAGUUUGAUGGUGCCUGAUGAGUUCACCGCGGAGGAGAAGAAAACGGGCAUGUGGUGGCGCCACCUGGUGGCAGGAGGAGGAGCAGGCGCCGUCUCCCGGACCUGCACGGCCCCACUGGACAGGCUCAAGGUCCUCAUGCAGGUCCACGCCUCCCGUAGCAACAGCAUGGGCAUCGCAGGCGGCUUCACCCAGAUGGUCCGGGAGGGGGGCUUGAGGUCGCUAUGGCGAGGGAACGGCAUCAAUGUCAUCAAGAUUGCCCCAGAGUCCGCUAUUAAAUUCAUGGCUUACGAGCAGGUAAGCCAGUGACACCUGUACUAACACCUGUACUAACACCUGUACUAACACCUGUACCAACACCUGUACCAACACCUGUACCA